CUUCAACGUGAUGAAUUGCCUCCGGGAGUAUAUAAGCCCGAUGCCCCUCUGCUCGUGUUAUGUUUUCAAGUGCACUCAUCAGAAUCAGCAUUCGGCCAGAGAACAUUUCCAAACUUAUUACCAACCGUACUCAAUACUGUCAAGAUCCAAUCAUCCCAAAAAUGGAACAAAGUCCAGCCCCAACUGACUCGCUGCCGCAGAACCCGCAUUUCCACUCAGACUAUUUUGGCAUUGAGGCGGUUGAAGCGAAUUCUCGCUUAGCGGAAAUUGUUUCUACUGGCGAGCUAGGACGCGCCCCGACACCAAUGCCAGAUCAAGGUGCAGACCCCGUACUCGAACAAGUUGCCCGUCCUGUGGCUGGGAUGAAUCAUCUUCAGAUUUCACGGACCCGUGGUGUCAUGGUGCGCAGCAUGCAAUACGCGCUGAAUCAUUUGCAAAAUGAACUUGACGACCCGACCUUGGUACAUACACCAGACCCCAACCAUUUCGACCAUUUUUGGGACAAGGACGCGUACUUCUAUAAAGCUGGCCUCCUGAGGAACGAAAUCUACAUCAACGCUGACGGCGGCAAGGGCGUAAAAUUUCAUCCUCACUUCGAGCAGUUCCGCGACCGAAGCACAUGUGUUUGGGCUGUGAAGUAUUCAAGUAGUUGGCAUGAUGAAGAUCAAGGUCCAGAUGUUAAUAGCCAUUGGUGCCUCAUUGUAGCCAACUUUGUAAACAGGCAGUCCACCAUUAUCAGUCCAGAGCAGUCCUGCCCAUGGAUGGAAGAGGAUGGGGAUGUCACGUUUUUUGCUUCAGAUCGUUGCUUUGACCGCUCACUGUUUGACGUACAGAUCUUUGACCCGCUCUGGGACACCGAAGCCGAUCGUGACUUUCGUCGUAUGAAGCUGGUGCACUACUUUAACCAGAUCCUUGAACUUGCCGGUGUUGCAGCCAGGCCUACACAGUUCGUGGAACAUAUGCCAGCCUAUGAACAGGUCCAAUACAAGUGGCAGACGGGCUAUCAAGUGUACGUCAUAGCAAGGGAAUACAUGCGUCGCUUGAAUGUCCUUCACACUUUUCGUCAUAUCGGUGCUGGUUUAGAAGAUAUCAAUGUCUGGAUAAAGGUAAUGUGGGGCGACUAUUUUGGACUUAUGGGUAUAGACGCCGCCCGAGAGUCGAUGAUGGCCGGGUGUGCCGUGCGGGCUAUUCAGAAAUCGAAAUUCCGGGCCAGACUGGCGAUCGAACUCCCUGGCGAUCUGACCUAUACAGACCCAAGAGACCUUGACCCCACAAAAUCCGAAGAUGCCUUCGCCCCAGGAGCUAACACGCGUGAACAGGAAGACGAGGAGGAAUUCCAGACGAGUUGGCUGUGGUCUCCCAGGCCAUGGUUGCUGGGGAGAGGACUUUGAAAUCCUCAUAUCCCUAGGUAGCCAACAUGACCGUCCUGUCGGGUAUCAUAGGACCAGGUACGUGUUGAUUGUAGGUACAUUGCAAAAUUUGUAUUCCAUUUAGUAGGUUUCAGUACUCGAUACGGACUCUUUCGAAAAGUUCCCUGUUCCGUUGCCAAAUCGUCUGU